CUCCACCUUCAGAGACUCACUUCAUUGGAAGCAAGGAAGGUACCAGGCUGCUGCAAGAAAUUUUAUACCUAUCCCAGCUGCACUCAGACUACUGCAGUCAGCUGGAAGGUUUCUGUUGCUGUAAGCAAAAAUGCCACUAAGACCCAGGGUUCAGCUGGCGUGGCUCUGCAUUGUCACUGUGUCCGUGGUGAUUUACCCAGCCCUGCUGCAGAAACCUCCCAAGAGGAGAACGAUCAAUGGGAAUGCACAGUCCAGGAUGGCAGGCUGCUGUGAGGACAUCAGCGAGCUCAAGCUGCAGGUGGCCAACCUGAGCAGAAUGCUGCAGGAGCUGAGCAAGAAGCAGGAAGGGGACUGGGUGAACGUGGUGAUGCAGGUGAUGGAGCUGGAAGGGAGCACCAAGCAGAUGGAGUCGCGCCUCAUCGACGCCGAGAGCAAAUACUCGGAAAUGAACAACCAGAUCGACAUCAUGCAGCUGCAGGCAGCUCAGACGGUCACACAAACAUCAGCUGUAGAUGCUGUUUAUGACUGCUCAUCACUUUACCAGAGGAACUACCGAAUUUCUGGGGUUUACAAACUACCUCCUGAUGAAUUUUUGGGAAUUCCAGAUCUGGAGGUGUUCUGUGACAUGGAGACAGAUGGAGGUGGCUGGACUGUCAUCCAGAGACGUAAAGUUGGUUUGACAUCGUUCAAUAGGGACUGGAAACAAUACAGGGAAGGAUUUGGCAAUAUUAGGGGGGAUUUUUGGCUGGGAAAUGAAAAUAUCUACCGACUGUCAAGACGCCCCACUGUGCUGCGAGUAGAGUUGGAGGACUGGGAAGGUAACAGCCGCUAUGCCCAGUACAGGCAGUUCACCCUGAGCAAUGAAAUCAACAGCUACCGGCUCUUUGUGGGCAACUACAGCGGCAACACGGGCCGGGACUCGCUGCGCUACCACAACAACACGGCCUUCAGCACAAAGGACAAGGACAACGACAAGUGUGUGGAUGACUGUGCCCAGUUCCGGAAAGGUGGAUAUUGGUACAACUGCUGCACAGAUUCCAACCUGAAUGGGGUUUAUUACCGCAAAGGAGAGCACACCAAGAGCAUGGAUGGCAUCACCUGGUACGGCUGGCACGGCUCCACCUACUCACUCAAGAGAGUGGAGAUGAAGAUCAGGCCAGAGGAUUUCAAACCAUAGAAGGAAGGAAUCAGCAUUGGAUUGCACAGCUACAUGAUGGCACCACGCAAAAGGUGGGCAAUGAACAGCCAAAUAAUUUUUCAUUUCAUCCAAUACAUGCAACAGCUGUGUACUGGUGAUGUACACAACUGUGACAUCAGUGACAGCCACCAGUAUUGUCAGGGCUCAGGCUUGUUUCCUCCUCUUCAGGCUCUUUCCAAAGGGAAAAAUAUUGUGUUAGAGUAGGUUAGAACUGAAUGCACUUAUAGCACCUUCAGAAAACCUAAGGGUGUGUUUUCACUAGCAGUGUGAUUACUGGUAGUGCCUUAGUAUUAUUAACCAGAUAGGCAGAGACUGAAAAGCAAAAGCCUCUUGGCUUCCUUUCCUUCAGUGUCUGGAGCAAGCACUGCUAAGCAACUCCUUUCAAGAAGUACUCAAACCACAAAAGUUAUAGACUCAUUUCAAUCCAGAGGAAUCAAUCAGAAGUGUCCCUGAUGCACCUUUCUUUAGUGUAUAGUAAGUGGCUUACUUUCCCACAGAAGAAAAAACCAAGCUCAAAAGUGUUGUGUUAAAUUAGCAUUGUGCAGAUUGUGCCCUGAAGUUUUACUGCCACCUCCUGCUGCUGCCUCAAAUAAUCCCCACUGAAGGCUGCCCUAACAGAUAGUAAUGCUGGAGGAGGAUUUGUCCCAUGGGCCCUCCAUGUUUACUUCUACCCACCCAGAUCACCUAAAUGUUGAUAAACCAGAAAAGCAACUUUCUGGGCUGUCCCCAAAUUACGUUCAGGUUAGGUUCAAAUUAGUUUCAGAACACAAACAUGCUGUAUGUCAGUAAGGCUGAGAAUGAACAGCAGGUUAACCAAAAAGUCCAGACCCAGCCAAAGAACUCAACUCCAACACUUAAGACCACUGCAUUCAUGAGCAGAACACUAGUACACACGAGAGAAUUCCCAAGUGCCAAAAGUUAUUUCAACAUAAGGGAAUGUUUGCUAGCACAGCAGACUGAGGAGUACCAAAAACUCUUUUGAAAACUAGCCCAGCUGGAAGUUACCUAGAGACAGACUGUCAGAAAUAGUACACUUCUCCCUCACAUAACACAGUGUUAAAGUUAACAGUUAAAAAAGAAUGAGACGACUCCUAUAACCCUACCAUUGUUCGAAUAUGUUGGAAAAGAUU